AUGGCCGCCACCAUCAACUCAUCCUCCUCUCCCUCCCCUUUGGGCCCAAACACUACCCAUUUCAUCAAACUCUCUGAAUCCAACUACUUGCUUUGGCUUCGCCAAAUCAAGCCUUUCCUUGUCGGCCAUGACCUGUGGCAAUAUAUUGAUGGGUCUAAUCCUCCCCCUGCUGCUACCACAACCACCACCUCCUCCAACCCCACUCCUGCUGCCACCGACACCACCAACUCCUCUGAACCUCCUAAUUCCUCUUCUGUUACAGCCACCACUCGCACUCAACCCAAUCCUGCUUUCCUUGUCUGGUACAAACAAGACCAGCUUAUCGUUAGUUACCUCACCUCUACACUUUCCGAACCAGUUCUCGCCCUCACGGUCCGUUACGACACUUCCAAAGAAAUCUGGGAUUGUUUGCAAACUCACUUUGCCCAAAAGUCCAUUGCUAGUGCUGCCAAUCUUCGCUUCCAACUCCUUGAUAUGACAAAAGGCACCAAAUCCGUUGACCAAUACCUCAACCAGGCCAAAUCUCUUGCUGACUCCCUUGCCUCCAUCAACCAACCUGUCUCCAACGAUGAUUUGGUCACUGCCAUUCUUCGUGGCUUGGGUCCCGACUAUGCUAUGCUUAUUACUGCCAUCCUUAAUUUCCCUCCGCUGCCCAAUUUCACUGAGUUACGCUCUCGGCUUCUCUCGUUUGAGACCCAUGCCCCACGGUCUUCCUCUGACCCUGCUGCCCAGAGUACUGCCCUAAUGGCAGCCCAGUCAUUCGGGCCACCUCGUGGUGGAGCUGGCCUCUCCCAAACCUCUUAUGUCUCCCGCGGCAAUGGUGGUAACGGCCGCAAUGGCCGCAAUGGUGGCUGGAAUCGCAAUAGCUCCCGUCGUGGUGAUCGUUGGAAUGCAUUCUCCCCUCAAUCCUCCUCUUGGCAGACGACUAGUUGGGCUCCCUGGACUGGGCCUCCACAACCCUCACCUGGUCGUGGCUUUAGCUCACGGCCCCCUUGGGCUGGCCAAGGUGUGUUAGGCCCUCCUCCUUCCAAUUGGUGUCCCACCUGCUCUACUACUCAACACACUGCUGCUGCUUGCCCCCAUCGCUACAAUGGGCCUGACUCAUUUCCAUCCUUUGCUGGCUCCCACACCAUUCACCCGCCUGACAACACAUGGUACCCCGAUACCGGAGCAACCCACCACAUGACUGGCAAUGGCAAUUCUCUCUCCAAUCCCCAACCAUACAAUGGUAAUAAUUCCGUCCUCUUGGGUAAUGGAGACUCCCUUCCCAUCUCUCAUACUGGUAACAUACCCAUCUCUUUGGGGACUUCUAAACUCAACCUUAGAGAUGUCUUCCUUGUUCCUGCUCUUGACAAAAAUCUUAUGUCUGUUGCUCGUUUUACACAUGAUAACUCUGUCUUCUUCGUUUUUGCACCAAAUUUUUACCAAAUUUAUGACUUACAUACUGCCACACUUCUUUUUCAGGGCCCCUGUAAGGAUGGUCUAUACCCAAUGUCCUUCCCUUCUAUCCCUUCUACUCCUCGUGCUCUCGCUGCUGUCUCGUCUUCAGUGUGGCAUAAUCGUCUUGGUCAUCCCUCGUCUUCAGUACUAUCUAAAUUAAGCCCCUCUUUAGGCUCUAUUUUUCCUUCGCAUUCUAAAUUUUGUAAGGGUUGUGCUCUUGGUAAAUCAACCCAAUUGCCUUUUUCUAUCAAUAAAAAUUCUGCCCCAUCUUUAUUUUACUUAAUUCACUCUGAUGUGUGGAUGUCUCCUGUUACUUCUGUUACCGAUUUUCGUUACUAUGUGCUCUUCACUGAUGAAUAUUCCCGCUACUCAUGGAUUUAUCCCAUGCGUCGUAAAUCCGAAGUAUUUUCUCAUUUUCAAAAAUUUGUGGCUAUGGUUAAAAACAUAUUUGGGACUUCUGUCAAAUAUCUCCAAAGUGAUAAUGGUACGGAAUACGUUAAUACUUCUUUCACCACUUUCUGUAAUUCCCUUGGUAUCCAACAAAGAUUUUCUUGUCCCCACACCCCUCAGCAAAACGGUCUUGCUGAACGCAAACAUCGCCACAUUGCCACCAUGACCCGUAUUCUCCUAAACACUUCUCACAUGCCUCUCAAUCUUUGGGUCAAAGCUGCUCUAACCUCCGUUCAUCUUAUUAAUCUCCUUCCUACUCCCAUCUUAAACUGGUCUACCCCUUACUCUGUUCUCUUCUCCAAACCUCCAACUUAUUCUCAUCUCCGUGUCUUUGGGUGUUCUUGUUUUCCUUUUCUUGGUCCUUAUGUUAAUCACAAGUUAUUGAGUCGUUCCUUGGAAUGUGUUUUCAUUGGCUAUAGCCUCCAUCACAAGGGUUAUCGUUGCCUUGACCCAUCCACAGGCCGUGUCUACACAUCUAGGCAUGUUAUUUUUAAUGAAGAUUGUUUUCCUUUUACUCAGUUGCAGGUAUCUUCCUCAUCCCCUUAUGUGGCGCUCGACCUUUCUCCACUUCCUACUGUACCGCUACCUCCACCACCCGCGACCCACUUGCCCAUUGAUCUCGUGCAGCCCCCACCUCUUGAUCCGGUUUCUCCAGGCCCAACUACCUAA